AUGGGCAAGAAGAAGACGCCGGACAAGACGCAGCGACAGGCCGACAAGAAGCUCAAGCAGAGCGCCAAGGGCGCCAAGAAAGACCGCAAAGCGUUGGGCCAUACAGAAGAAGACAUUGAGGUGCUGCUCCACGAGUUUUGCAAGAAAGACGCGGCGCGCACGCACGUGACAGUGGACGCCGCGCCGCCGCCGUCGCCCCGGGCGCACUUCACGCUCUCGACGCUGCCGUCGGGCGAGUUGCUGCUCUUUGGCGGCGAAUACUUUGACGGCGACGUGAACGUGUGCUUCAACGACGUGUUCAAGUGGACUCUGGACGUGCAUAACGUGGUCGGAGACGCGGUUUUUGACGGAGGCAAAGGCGAUGCUCGUUGUGGGGAGGAGUCUCAAGAUAAACGACGUGCGGAUCCGGCGUGGAAACUCAUUUGCUCGUUGCAUACGCCGCCGCCUCGAUGCAGCCACCAAGCAGCCGUGUUCAGGGACCAUGUCUACGUGUUUGGCGGCGAGUUUGCAACGGCCGAGCAGUUUCAUCACUACCGGGAUCUAUGGCGACUGAAUUUGAAGACUAAUGCGUGGGAAGAGCUCGAGGUAAAGGGCGGACCGUCACCGCGAAGUGGCCAUCGCAUGGUUGUGUGGCGGAACUACCUCGUGGUGUUUGGCGGGUUUUACGAAGCAGCGCGAGAGACCAAGUGGUUCAACGAUGUGUAUUUAUUUAAUCUGGCCUCGCUGCAGUGGCAAAAGAUUACGUACCCGCCACAUCGACAGGUGCCUGCCGAACGCAGUGGCUGUCAGAUGGCAGUGCACCCGUCAAAGGAUCUGGUGUUCAUGUACGGAGGAUAUGCCAAGGUGAAAAUCGCGGGCGAAAAGGCGGAAGGCAAAGUGUACUCUGACUUGUGGGCGCUGAAUCUGGCCCCAGUGCUCAAGCACCAGGCGCCCACGUGGGAGAAGCUGUCACGGAAAGGCCAGGCGCCGAGUCCUCGUAGCGGAGCGGCCGCGACGGUGCACAAACAGCGCUUCAUUUUUUUCGGAGGCGUAUUUGACGAAGAAAAACGUCGUCAUACGAUGCAGUCGACGUUUUACAAUGAUCUGUUCGUGUACGACAUGGAUCGUCGUCGUUGGUUUGAGUAUAAAGUUCGAGGUAAGAAGUCCACGGACAGCAAGCGCCGACGCAAGAAGAAGGUAGGGGUGAUAGAGGAUGCGACGGCCGGUGACAGCGAUGAAGCUGAUAGAGAUGACGAAGAAGACGACGAUGACGAUGAUAUGGAGGAUUUCGAUGCGAUCGCGGACAAGCAGUUUGGAUAUGUGGACGAUAUGGGCAAUAUCGUGUAUGUAGAGGACGUCCACGAGGAAGAGGAGAGUAAAGAAGAUGUUGAGGAAGGAGACAGCAAUGAUGUGCCGCAAGAAACUUGUGCUGCGAAGCAAGUCGAGGUGAAGCUGGAAGACGAAGAAGAGGAAACAAAAGAGGAUAUGGCGGAGAGCUCUGCUGUAUCUGCUGAUGAGACAGAGCUCGUUAUAGUCGAGGAGAAAGGUCCGGUUGCUCCUGCGCCUUGUCCGCGCAUUAAUCCUGCUCUGAUUGUUCGAGGAAGCACGCUAUAUGUCUAUGGCGGUGUUGUAGAGGAUGGCGACCGCGAGAUAACGCUUGAUGAUUGUUGGUCACUGGACCUCAAGCGUCUUGAUGAGUGGAAACAAGUGCUGCCUGGCACAAUGUCGCAUCAGAUCUGGAAGGGCGACGUGAGCGAGACGGAGGAGUCCUCAGACGAUGACGACGACGACGAUUACGACGAAUCUGAUGAUAACGAAGAGGAUGAGGAGGACGAUAACGACGACGACGACGCGGGUCGCAUGAAGGCGCGCAAAGAAAAAAAGUUGGCGAAAGCUGUGAAACGGGCGAUGGUUGUGCUUGCCAAGAAUGAAGGAGAGGACGUGAAGGAAGCGGUGGCGAGAGAAAAGAAAGACAAGAAGAAGAAAGGCAAAGUCAAGAAGGAGAGUCAUCGCAAAACGAUUCGUGCGGAGAUGGAGAAGUUGCAGGAACAAUUGGGACUUGGCGAUAUCGACCGCACGCCUCAAAUGGGUGAGAACUUGCGUGAUUUCGUCGCACGUACCGAUGCGACUUGGGCAAGAGAGGUAAUGAAGCGUCCCAGCACUGUGGAGCAUGAGCUUAGCAUCAAGGAGAUCAAGCGAGAGGGUUUCUUGCUAGCUGAAGCGCGUUACACGGAGCUUCUACCAGUACUGGAGCGCCUGAAUGCGCUUGAGCUUGAGCAGAAGGAGGCUGAGGAGUUGCACGCGUUGAAGAAGAAGGGCGGGAAUGAAAAGAGUCGACGUUGA